AUGAAUGGUUUAGAUACUUAUAUUGCCCAGUUUGUUUAUGUCUCCCAAGACACUAAAAUUAAGAAAACUGAAGAAACAGGACGACAUUUGCUUCAUCUACUAACCAUAAACCCUGGACCAAGCGAAGCCAAUGCACGAAAACAAUUCAAGACCCCUAAUGACUUUGAUCUAUACAAAGUUCCAGAGAAAUUCAGAAAGUUAGUUGUUUUGCAUAUACAAUUGAUGCGAGCCAUAUAUGUGAAUAAAUCUUUUGUUGAGGCAUUUGACACAUUGAAUGAAAUGUGUUUAUGUCUAGUGCGAGCAUGUGAGCAGCAAGAUAAAUGGAUAAUGCCAGCCGUUGUAGGUAUAUUUUCAGAGUUUGUCAUGGUUUACAAAGCAAAAAACAAGAGGGACCCAGAAGAUUUGGACUCAUUUAUGGUGGAAGAUAAUGAAUUUGGAAUGGAGUCUGGCGAUUCGUCGAGGAAAAAGAAAAAGCUGAAUUUGGAAACAUUAAUCGAUACGCUUCGACGCGGUUUCAAUGUAGUUUUCAAUGAUAAAAAUACCGAUAUCAAUCUCAGCAAAAAACACUAUGUCUUCUUUUUCUUGGGCAACUUGAUGAAGUAUUGUUUCAAGAUGGGCAAAUUGGACUUUGCCAAAAGUAUAAUGAAGACAGUUGAGUCGAGUAGACAAAAUUUACCCAAUAUGUCGCAAAAUGUUGCAACGAAAAAGUAUGCAAUCAUGUACUUGUACUACACAGCACUUAUUGCUCUUGAUGAUGGCGAUUAUGUGACUAGCGAGGCAAGAUUGGAUGAAGCAAUGUCACUUGUAAAUGACUACAAUGUAAAUACAAAAUCUAGCAAACAAGUACAAAGUCUACUUUUAAUCUUGAUCCCGUUAAAGAUAUACAACCACGGUAAACUACCAAAAGGUACGAUAUACAACAACAGCAACAACAGCAACAACAAUCUAACCAAAACGGAAAACAGUACUGAAUUUGAUAGCCAAAAUAAAACGCAAAAGAAUAAAAAUAACAAAAAGAAGAGUAAUGAGAGCACAACAAACAUUGCGCAAAACAAAGGUAAAAAGGAUGAAAGUAUUUGGCAACGAUUUCCAUAUCUUGCAUUUCUUUAUAGGGACAAUUUUUUCCCAGCAAUGAAACAAGGAAGCUUACUUAAAUACGAGAAUGUAAUUGAAGCCAACCAAUUGGUCUUGCUACGACGCCACAUUUACAUAUUGAUGCAGUUGCUUACACAGUUUGUGCAAGUACAAGUAAUCAAAAAGACGUAUGCGAUAUGUCAAGAAAUUGAAAAAAGCCAUAUAAUAAGUUUGAGUGCAUUUCAAUUGGGACUAACAAUCUCCAAAUACUAUAGUGACAAAAAUCAAGGUGAAUUUAGACUAGACAUACUUGUUGAUAAAAUGCCGACAUUAGAAGUAGAGACCAUUUUGGCUACUCUAAUUAGCCAAGGCAGAAUCAAUGCCUAUAUUAGUAAUGGCAAGCAGUGUGUGGUAUUUUCCAAAACCAACCCAUUCCCCGCAUUUGGAGAGAAAAAGAGGUAA